GUUGAGGCGCUCCACUCCCGCAGUGGUCAAGCUUACUUCGGCGAGUUUACGGCUUUCUGGGCGCAUGGUUAUGCUGCCAGGGCGGGAGUCGGCAUCAUUGUAACACCUGCGUUCUUGCGGCGCUUUGCGCUCAGGGCUGACUGGCGGGUUCUGGUGCCUGGGAGGGCCGGCGAGCUGUGGCUCAAUGGGGACAUGGGUGAUCUAUCAUUGUUCGCCGUUUAUUUCGGCACGGGCCCCGAUGAACUCGACGAGGAAAACGCCACGAUCACAGCCAGGACCUCCAGACACAGCAUUCGCCGGGUGCUGGCGUCCCACAUCGCCCCGGGCUCGCGGCGCCUCAGCUUGGUGUUGGGCGAUUUCAAUUGGGUUGCGGAUGGUUUGGGGCGGAUUCAGAUCGAGGGGCAG